AUGUGGGUCAGUGAGCUAAAGGAGCAGAAGGAGGAGGUGGAGCAGAAGGAUCUGAAGGAGGAGGAGCUGAAGGAGCCGACGGAGCAGGAGGAGGAGGAGGAGCAGAAGGAUCUGAAGGAGGUGGAGCAGAAGGAUCUGAAGGAGGUGGAGCAGAAGGAUCUGAAGGAGGAGGAGCAGAAGGAGCAGUUAGCGGACAUGGAUUUGAUUUGUAAAUGA